AUGGAACUCUUGCGGUUGUCUUAUGAAGUUGAAAGAUUAUGUGAUAUCAUCGAAGAACGAUCCAGACUAGUUUCUGUGCUGAAAAUUGCACCAUCGAAAAACGAUACGAUGGCUUUGAAAAAGCAGUUGAACGAGACAUUAGAUCUGCUACAGGAGGCUGUCAAGACGAUUACACCAGAAGAUCAGUCAAGUUUAAAUGACUGCAUUACAAAAUAUAAUGAGGCUUUGAGUGAAAUACCUGAUGACUCGGUGAAUAAGUCGCUUUACGUUUUUGAGAAAAGGCCGUCUCCUGAAAGUGGUGCCUCGCUAAGCAGCCAAGAAUCAAAGAGGGUUCGUUUUAAAGAUGAUCUGGUGGAAUAUGAGGAGCAAAAGCAACCAGAACCUGCAUUCAAACCUUAUACAGAUAAGCUCAAUGAAGAAGAUACGUUGGAGCAGGACAAGAGUGAUCUCUUUGGUGAACAUGGCAAAGCUACAUCUCAAGAAUCAAGCUAUAGCAUAGCACCACAACUUUCGAAUCAAGAAAUAUUCAUACAGCAGCAGCAGCAACUCCUGGAACAGGAUUCUCAUCUUGAAGAUUUAUCUCAAUCUGUACACAGAGCACAUGAUAUUUCCUUGGACAUAAAUCACGAAAUGACAGAUCAAAAUGACGGUGUACUGCGCGAUCUAGAAAGUCUAGUCGAUAACAGCGGCAGGAAUCUAGAUAGAGCAAAGCAGCGACUGGAAAUAUUUGAAAGGAGUGCCAGAGAGAAUGGGCCAUGUCUUCUGAUUGUUCUCCUGACGCUGAUAUUAAUCCUUUUGUUAGCGAUUUAA